GGAGUUAUACUCCAGUCUAGUAGGUGGCGGUAAUGCAACAUGUAUUGGAUGCCAACCCGCCGUUAAACCUCAUCGAAGAAUAGCAGUGGUGGCAUGCUUGAAGGUUAGCGACAUAUUUAACGAAAUACAAUAAUAACUACUAGUGACACACAUACUGAGUAGCAAGGUAUAGCAUUAUCGUGUAGAACAUGGUAACAUAUCAACAUUGGAUAUAACAAAGCCAGUCCACACGUCGCGGUGAUUCCAGCUAGCUAUGGCCAGCCUGUCCAACUACGCUGUGCGUAUGGCACGUCUCAGCGCACGUAUCUUUGGGGAUGUGGCGCGUCCGACGGACAACAAGUCCAUGAAGGUGGUCCAGCUGUUCAAGGAGCCGCCCAUGGCCCAGAAAAAGGAGGUGUACGACUGGUACCCUCAACACAAGAUCUACUAUGCCCUUACACAGAAGCUACGGUACAUGGGACUCUUCAGAGAUGAGCACGAGGACUUCAAGGAGGAGAUGCGGCGGUUGAGGAAACUACGAGGCAAGGGGAAACCCAAGAAGGGCGAAGGAAAGAGAGCCACCAAGAAGAAAUAAGCACUUCCUUUCCCUGUCAUAUAGGACCUAUGGCUAAACCCAGCCUUUCCCUGUCAUAUAGGACCUAUGGGUAAACCCAGCCUUUCCCUGUCAUAUAGGACCUAUGGGUAAACCCAGCCUUUCCCUGUCAUAUAGAACCUAUGGGUAAACCCAGCCUUUCCCUGUCAUAUAGGACCUAUGGGUAAACCCAGCCUUUCCCUGUCAUAUAGAACCUAUGGCUAAACCCAGCCUUUCCCUGUCAUAUAGGACCUAUGGGUAAACCCAGCCUUUCCCUGUCAUAUAGGACCUAUGGGUAAACCCAGCCUUUCCCUGUCAUAUAGGACCUAUGGGUAAACCCAGCCUUUCCCUGUCAUAUAGGACCUAUGGGUAAACCCAGCCUUUCCCUGUCAUAUAGAACCUAUGGGUAAACCCAGCCUUUCCCUGUCAUAUAGGACCUAUGGGUAAACCCAGCCUUUCCCUGUCAUAUAGGACCUAUGGCUAAACCCAGCCUUUCCCUGUCAUAUAGGACCUAUGGGUAAACCCAGCCUUUCCCUGUCAUAUAGAACCUAUGGGUAAACCCAGCCUUGCCCUGUCAUAUAGGACCUAUGGCUAAACCCAGCCUUUCCCUGUCAUAUAGGACCUAUGGGUAAACCCAGCCUUUCCCUGUCAUAUAGGACCUAUGGGUAAACCCAGCCUUUCCCUGUCAUAUAGAACCUAUGGGUAAACCCAGCCUUUCCCUGUCAUAUAGGACCUAUGGGUAAACCCAGCCUUUCCCUGUCAUAUAGGACCUAUGGGUAAACCCAGCCUUUCCCUGUCAUAUAGGACCUAUGGGUAAACCCAGCCUUUCCCUGUCAUAUAGGACCUAUGGGUAAACCCAGCCUUGCCCUGUCAUAUAGGACCUAUGGGGGAAUCACAACAGGCCUCGUUUGCUUUGGGACACCAGAGGAAUGGCCUCCCUAACUGUGUUCACAUCGGUAACAUGUGACCCCACUCAGGAUGUUCAUAUUAAAUGGGCCCUUGUAACAGCUGAUGAUGAUGAUGAUGAUGUGUUGAGAGGAUCCUUUCAUAUCCCAUCACAGAACAUCCUGUCUGACAAGUGACCAGUCUUUGAUCGCUGUGUGUUUGGUACAUAAAACAUUUCUGUUCAUUGCUUUACAAGAUGUUUCAUUUAGGUUUCAAUUGUAUCCGCGUUGUUAGCAGCUUUCCGUUCUCAUACCAUCUGUACAGUGAAUAGGUGAAGGAGACCUGGAGGGCAUCAGUACAUGUCAUUGUGAUGCUAGUAUGUUCCUAUUGGCUGAGACAAAGCUGCUGAUUUUACAUCUGUUCUGAGUAACACCAGGUGUCAUGAAUAAAAUACUGUCAACAAAUCUGCUGAGAUGUGUAGGAGGACUCUCUCCAUUUUGUGACUGGUUUAUUGCCAUGUAAUUACUGUGCUAUACAAUGUUGUUAAUAGUGACUUAGUGUAACUACAGGAAACCCAUUAAAACCUGUUCUGACCUGA